AUGGUGGGACUGCAGAGCCGCUCUCUCAACUACUGCGAGUGGGUGGUUUCGGGGCUGCUCCCCGCGUCCGGCUCCGGGGCUGCCUGCGGUGUGAGCGAGGCACUAGAGGCACCAGCUGGGAAGGGCAAGGGCCCGAAGAGCAAGGAUCCUAGAAGUUGGCUGGAGAAGCGAGACGGGGAAGAGAGCACGGAGCCGGGUUUCCCCUGGGAUCACGGGAGCGACGGAAGGAAGGCGGGAAAGUUACCUCCCGCGUGCACGGAAAAGUUACUUCGCCGUAUCCCAGAAUCCAGACGAGUCUGGAAGGAGAGGGGCAAGGAAGAGGUGCUAAGAGGGUUCCGGCGGCCGCUCUCUCCGCGGGGUGCCCCCACCGCCCUCCCCGACUCCACGCAGGCGGGUGAGCGCGGCGUUCGGAGCCACCCGAAGCGCGCGCUGCUCUGGCGCCUGCCGGAGGGUUGCGCUUCCCUCGCUGCCCCGAGGGUCACGAGCCCGCGGGGUGAGGGUGGCCCCUCUGCCCCGGUCCAGAGCCAGCUUACGGGUGUUCCCAGACGGGAGUUGGACGGGGCCCGGACGGCCCGGGCCACUGGCGCCUGGUUUGCGUUUCCCUGGCUACGUACCUGUCCCGGCCUUCCCGCUCGGAGGGCUGACCCCGCUGCGGAGCCCGGCCCGGGAGCCUGCGCCUCCAGCGGGCCCGCCCCCGCCCUCUCCCGCGCGCCCUCUCUCCCCGGUACGCUGGGCCAGACGUGGGGCGGUCUCUCGCGGGCCAUUGGCUUGGGCCGCUGUUCCGACCCGGCUUUGAGGAUUCCCCCAGGCUUUGGGGGCCCCCUUUGUGGACCGGCGACCGAGGGGCCAGGCCAGCGACUCACCUUUGACCCCACCCACCACUCCCGCAUCCCUCAAGUUCCCCUGCAUCCGUCCCCUGGAGCCCAAGGCUUUGAAACGGUAGUGACUCCGCAAAGAAAGCGGCACAUCUGGGACUGCGCGCUGACCAACUCGGACCAACUUUUAAUUAACACAUUGACCCGGCGAUGGAGCAGCCGCCCGGCCUCCCCCUCGAAAUAUGUAUAUGAGCCGCGCGCCGCCAGAUGCCAGCGAGGAAUCGCCUGCGUCCCGGGGCGGGAGCGGGGGCACAGCGCCAUCGUAGGCUCUCUCCCGGUGAACGUUUUUUCCUCGCCUAUAGGUGUAUAG